GCUUUGACCAAGGCCACGAAAGGAGCAGUUCCGAUUCAGCUAGUGAAGGGUGUAAAGUUCAAGGGCAAAGUGUUGCCCAAGUCAUGGCGCGACAUCGCCAAGCACGUGGACCUUGAGUGGGCAGUGGGUGUCAAGGAGGAGACCACCAGCCUACUGCCACUGGCAGACUGCCGAGGCCUGGCGCGCUCUGUGGUGCAAAACCGCUUUCCUGGUGCUCACAUCAUCUCUGCCAAGCGGAAGGCCAAGAACGGGAAGAACGGGAAGAACGGGAAGAGUGGCUUGGUGGUGACACGCAGCGUGGCCAAGAGCAUCCUGAAGCACAUCAAGGCGGAGCCCCCGAGGCCCUUGGCCAGCGUGGCCCUGCUGAGAGCAGCGCUUGGCGCCCUGGAGGAAGCCGCAGGAUGUGGGUGCCUUUGGGGAAAUGAAAGGGAGCUGUGCUCUAAGGUCAUACUGGAUGCACGGAUCCAGGAGUUCUUCGAUGGCCCUGAGAUGGGCAUCAUCCGCGCCAAGGAGGUUCCGCCUCCUGAGCGGCUGGCGGGGUGCCUGAGACCCUACCAGCUCACAGGCUACCAUUGGCUGGUGAACAACGCACGGAACGGCCUGGGGUGCAUCUUGGCAGAUGACAUGGGCCUGGGCAAGACUCUGCAGGCCAUCUCGCUCCUUCUCUACAUGAAGCAGAACGGCCUGUUGGAGCGGCCCAUGCUCGUGGUGGUUCCCAAGGGCGUGCUCACGACCUGGUCGCGUGAGCUGGCACAUUGGGCGGGCGACGAGCUCUCGGUGCACGUGUAUUUCGGAAAUAAGCGAUGCCUCCCGCACAUGGCGGCGCCUGCUGUCCCUGAGCCCUUGCGCCGCCGUGCCAGGGGCAAGCAGCCGGAGCCAGAGUUGCCAGCGCCAAAGCCAAGGAAGCGCAAGGCGGCAGCGGCCGUGUCCACGGCGGAUGUGUUCCUGACAUCCUACGGGGUGUGCCGCUCAGAUGCUGCGCGGCUGGCCUGCCCCGACACAUUCGGUGGAAUGAUCCUGGACGAAGCGCAGCAGAUCAAGAAUUACAAUUCACAAAUUUCGAAAGCAGUGAAGAUGGUCGCAGAGCAGGUCGGUCCAGUGCGGGUGGCAUUGACUGGUACCCCAGUAGAGAAUCGCAUGGCGGACCUGCACAGCCAGUUUGAGUUCAUCCUCCCAGGGUAUCUGGCUUCUUCCCGGCAGGAGUUCGAGAAGGAUUUCGGGAAGCCGCUUGCGGCUGUGGCCAAGGGAGCUCAACACCCUGCCUACUUCGAGCAACAGACCCUGCUCCGACGCAUUGUCGCGCCCUUCAUCCUGCGACGCAGCAAGACGGAUCCCAAGGUCGCAGGAGACCUUCCGCCGAAGAUCGAGCAGACGCACGAGUGCGAGCUCAGCACUGCGCAGCAGAAGCUGUACCUGCAGGCGCAGGAGGCGUUUCAGGACCUUCCGUCGCGGGACGACAAGUUCAGGCGAUGUGGCCACAUCCUGAAGAUGCUGCAGGCAUUCCGGGAGAUUUGCAAUCACCCGGCCUGCCUGGCCGACAGCCGGCGACCGGAGCAGGUGCACGUGAAGCCGACGGAGGUGGAGGCUAGCGGAAAGUGCUCCAAGUUGCAGGAGCUGUUGACCACGAUCUUCGAAUCUGGCGAGAAGGCGCUGAUCUUCAGCAACUCCCUGGUGGCCAUCGACAUGCUCUGCGCGCAGAUUCGCGGGCGCUUCAAUUGCGAGCCGCUGAAAAUUGUGGGCAGCAUGAGCACGGAGCAGCGUGAGGCUGCGAUGAGCGCCUUUCAGACCAAUCCUGCCUGCCCGCUCAUCAUCCUUUCCCUGCAGGCCGGUGGUGUGGGCCUAACCCUCACGGCAGCGACGCAUGUCAUCCACUUUGACAGGCAGUACAAUCCUGCCAAGGAGAACCAGGCAACAGAUCGAGCUCACCGCAUUGGUCAAAAGAAGACGGUGUGUGUGCAUCGCCUUGUGAGCAAGGACACCUUUGAGGAGCGGCUCGGGCAGAUCAUGGAGCAGAAGCAGCGCCUCUCUGAUCUCACCAUGGCAGGAGGCCGGGGCUGGAUUGCAGACCUGGACGAUCGUCAGCUGCGCGAUCUUUUUUCGUUGAAGAGUUCGUAA